AUGGGUGAUCUCCCGUGUAAGAGUGAGGUGGAGGAGGACAUUCCAGGAGAUGUCACCACAGGAAAUUCCAGUAAGAAUUCUGAGGGAAACUUAAUGUUAUUACUAGAUUAUAAAGAUGAAGAUUUCACGCAGUGCUCCUCAGGAGAAAACCUCAUUAACUUUAAUGGACAUCCAGGAUUUCUCAGUACAGAUCUAUCCUAUAAUCCCCCUGAUCAUGAGGAACCUUCUCCUAACCAAUCACAGAUUGUUACCACAAGUACCGCACAGAAAGGGGAUGAAAGGUUUCAAUGUGGUAAAGAGUUGCCAAAAGGCUCAGGUCUUUCUACGCACAGAAGAAUUCCAACAGGGGAGAAGCCAUACUCCUGUUCACAAUGUGAAAAAUGUUUUACAUAUAAAUCUCAGCUUGUUAGACAUGAAAGAAGGCACACAGGAGAGAAGCCAUUUUCAUGUUCAGAUUGUGGGAAGUGUUUUACAAGGAAAUCAAUUCUUGAUGCACAUGAGAGAAGCCACACAGAAAAUCCCAGUAAGAAUUCUGAGGGAAACUUCAUGUUAUCACUAAAUUAUAAAGUAGAAGAUAAAGACAUCCUGCAACGCUUUUCAGGAGAAAACCUCAUUACCCUUAAUGUAUAUCCAGGACUUCACAGUACAGAUCUAUCAUAUAAUCCCACUAAUCAUGAUGGACCUUCUCCUGACCAAUCACAGAUUUUUACCACAGCUACAGGUCAGAAAGGGGGAAAAAGGUUUCAAUGUGGUAAAGAGUUCACAAACAACUCUGGUCUUUCUACACACAGAGGAAUUCACACAGGGAAGAAACCAUACUCCUGUUCAGAAUGUGGGAAGUGUUUUACAUAUAAAUCACAUCUUGUUAUACAUGAAAGAAGACACACAGGAGAGAAGCCAUAUUCAUGUUCAGAAUGUGGGAAAUGUUUUUCACAAACAUCAGAUCUUGUUACUCAUAAGAGAACUCACACAGGAGAGAAGCCAUAUUCAUGUUUAGAAUGUGGGAAAUGUUUUACAGAUAAAUCAAGUGUUGCUAGACAUGAGAGAAGUCAUACAGGAGAGAAGCCAUUUUCAUGUUCAGAAUGUGGAAAAUGUUUUACACGGAAAUCAAGCCUUGUUGCACAUGAAAGAGUUCACACAGGAGAGAAGCCGUAUUCAUGUUCAGAAUGUGGGAAAUGUUUUACAGAUAAAUCAACUCUUGUUACACAUGAGAGAAUUCACUCAGGAGAGAAGCCAUUUUCAUGUUCAGAAUGUGGGAAAUGCUUUACAGACAAAUCAAGUCUGUUUAAACAUGAAAAGAGAAGUCACAAGCGAGAAAAGCCAUUAUCAUGUUCAGAAUGUGGGAAGCGCUUUACAGAAAAAUCAAGUCUGGAUAAACAUGAAAGGAGAAGUCACAAAGGAGAGAAGCCAUUUUCAUGUGCAGAAUGUGGGAAGUGCUUUACAGAGAAAUCAAGUCUUGUUAUACAUGAGAGAUUCACACAGGAGAGAAGCCAUAUUCAUGUUCAGAAUGUGGGAAGUGCUUUACAGAGAAAUCAAGUCUUGUGAUACAUAAGAGAUGUCACACAGGGGAGAAACCAUAUUCAUGUUCAGAAUGUGGGGAAUGUUUUACACAGAAAUCGAGUCUUGUUAGGCAUGAGAGAAGUCACACAGGAGAGAAGCCAUAUUCAUGU